CCGACAGGCAUCUCCCUGCCCGCGGCCGUGCCGGAGCGCAGCGAGACCCACGCGGCGCGCCCCGACUUGAGCUGGGCUUGGCACUGCCCCGGCGCGAGUGACAGCGCUCCGAGCGGCCUCCCCGGAGGAUGGAAGAGAAAAGAAUGCUGCCCGACUUCUUUGAAGAGGAGAACCUUACCAGUUCCAGGGACGAGAGCAUUAAAGGUGAUUUGAAAACGUUUUGGACACAAUUGGGAAGUAGAAGAGUGGAUGUCAUAUUUGAGCAGGUGCAAAAUGUGCUGCUGUUGCUAAAGGAAAAGAUCAAGAAUGGAACUGCCACAAACCAAGAAUGCUGGCAGGCUUGGGCACUGGUGAAUGAAGCUAAUCUAAGUGAUCUCUUAACUUUGACAAACGUAAGUGAUGGGUUUGAUGGAGAUGGAGUACAGGAAACCAAACCCAAAUUGCAGCAUCUUCUUGCAGAUGACAACACUGCAAAUGCUGUAGAAGGUUCUGACAGUAACAAGAAAGAGGAGAUGGAAAGAACAUGGUCAGGGACUAAAAAAGCAUCUAGCGAAAUUCAACACUUACCUUUAAACCUACAGUAUCAGAACCACAAGUGCUCUAGUGCUUGUCUUGCCAAGAAAGCAGCGGGCUCCUACAAGGGUGAAAACCCUCUGAAGAUGCCAAUCCUGUUCCACUUUCAAAGACGGCACGCAAAAGCAGACUGCCUUUCGAAAUCACUGGAUGUGAAUUACAAAGCUCCUUGCGGUCGGAGUCUGAGAAGCUUUCGAGAUGUGCAAAAUUAUUUGUUUGAAACAAAGUGCAAUUUCUUAUUUGUUGAUCACUUUUCCUUCAACACAUAUGUACUGUUGGGCAGGAACACCAUGAAUCCCGAACCCCUUGUGUUUGACUUUGAUAUUAGCAACGGAGCCGAGUCUGUGCCCAUCUCCUUCUGUAACAAUCUUGACCGCGCAAGGUUACCUUACUUCAAAUAUCGGAAGUCAUCAUGGCCACGGGGAUAUUAUCUCAACAACUUCUCCAGCCUGUUUGUGGAUUCAUGUGACUGCACAGAUGGCUGCAUUGAUAGGUCAAAAUGUGCAUGCCUACAGCUAACUGCAAGAGGCUGUAGUAAAACUUCUCUAUCUUCAGGUAGUAAAAGAUGCCGUGGAUACCGUUACAAAAGACUGGAGGGACCCGUUCCUAGUGGAAUUUACGAGUGCAGUGUGUUAUGCAGGUGUGACAAGUUGAUGUGUCAGAACAGAGUUGUACAGCACGGCAUUCAAGUCAGGUUGCAGGUGUUCAACACUGAAAAGAAAGGCUGGGGUGUCCGCUGCCUGGAUGAUAUCGACAAGGGGACAUUUGUUUGUACCUACUCAGGCAGAUUAAUGAGCAGAGCUGAAGUAUUGGGAGAUGCUGGUCAAGAGCUGAAAGAAAGGAGUGCUGUGAAUGACAGAAACCAUGGGGUUUUUUCCAAAAAAAGAAAACUUGACACUGAUUGUUCAAAUUCAGUCAUUGAACUAGUGCAGACGGGUAAACAUGACAUUCUUGAGAAUAAGGAAUCUUUGUCUCAAACUGUGGAUAGUGAAAAUAAAUCAACCCUGGUUCAUCCAGAGAACUCGAGUAUUGCAACCACAAGGCCUGGAAGAACAGGUUUUUUUCACAGUCACCAGCUAAAAAUGGUGCACAGUGCCAGCUCAGAUGAAGAUAAUAGUUCUCAGAUUCAUCAGUCAAGCAAAACAAAAGUAAACAGUGGAACAAAGAAAGGAAAAGAAAAAUCCACCGAGGAGCAGAAGGAAGACCAUCCGAUGGAAGUUGGACAGACUGAGUCUGUUGGUGUGGACAGUGAGAGAUGCAAAAGAAAGAGUCUGUCUCUGCAGGGUGUUGAUUGUGGCAAGUCAGGUGUGCUGGAUGACACAUGUGUUGCGAGGCCAUCCAGUAAUAUACCCCUAAAAGCUGACUGCAAAGAGGAAAAUAGCAGGCAGUCGAGUCAAGAUGCAUUUUGUGAGGAGGCUGAUGGAGAUGGGAUGCUUCCGAAGAAUGCUAGUGAAGAAAAUAUUUAUGUACUGGAUGCCACAAAAGAAGGAAAUGUGGGUCGUUUUCUAAAUCACAGCUGCUGCCCAAAUCUCUUUGCACAAAGCGUGUUUGUAGAGACUCACAACAGAAGUUUUCCAUGGGUGGCAUUCUUCACAAACAGACAUGUGAAAGCUGGAACCGAACUCACGUGGGAUUAUGGCUAUGAAGCUGGAAGCAUGCCAGAGACAGAAAUUUCCUGUCAGUGUGGAGUUCAGAAGUGCAGGAAAAAUGAACGGGGGGCCGAUGGCAGCAUGGGGGUGUCGCCUUUCCCAUGGGGAAAGCCCUCGGGAAGCGGCUGCCCGGCGGCGCCCCGGGAGCGCCGGGGGCGACUAUCGACCCCGUGUUCCCGGUCCCGGACCGCGGCCCGCACGAAAGGGCGGGGAGGAGCCCGGGCGUCCCCACCCCAUCACGUGACUGACGGCGCGGCGGCGCGCGCCUUCCCCUCCGGCCCCGCCCCGGGGGCCGGAGCCAAUCAGUGCCGGGAGGAGGGGGGUGCUCCGGGCAAGCAUCGACGGCGCGCCACCCGCGCAUGCUCCGGCCCCGGCUGGGCUCACCACUUCCGCGCGGGAAGCGUUGGGGCGAGGGAGGGGCGGUCGGAGCGCAGCGUGCGCGAGCCGGGCGCGGGCGGCGCGGCGUUUUUUCCUGCUCUAGGUGCUUUCUGGAUAAUGGCGAAGAUGGUGAGAAGAACAUGUGCAUUUUGUUCAGAAGGGGCGGCUGGUUCUGUAAUGUAUGUUGCCAAAGAGAGCGAUAUUGCAGCUCAUCAGGAUUGUCUGUUAUUUUCCUCAGGAUUCGUGGAAUCUGAAGAGUAUAACCCAGAAAAUCUGGAUAUAAGGUUUGAUGUGGCAUCGGUGUUGAAAGAGCUCAGGAGAGGAAAGCGGCUGGUGUGCAACUUCUGCCGCAAGAAAGGAGCCACAGUGGGCUGUGAGGAGAGAGCCUGCCGCAGGAGCUACCACUACUACUGCGCGCUCUGCGACGACGCUGCCAUAGAAACCGACCAAGUGAAGGGAGUCUACCGAGUGUUCUGCCCAAAACAUGACCCAAGCAAUAGGACCAGUCACUAUGGUGCAGCUAAUAAGAAGAGAAGAUAUACAUUGACAUCUCCUACCAUCACAGAAGAAAUGAAAACAGAAGAGAAAGCAGAAGAAAACCAUUUCCAAACACUAAAAAGAAAAAACAACAGGCAUAAAGUCCAGAUAGACCUUGUAAGGAAAUGCAAACAGGCUGGGCUUCUAGAUGACAUAUUUGAAGAAAUGCUGGACACGCUUCACCUGGCACAGGAAAAACUAAUGGAUGACAACACUUCAGAAACAGAAUAUGAAGAGACAGUAAUGGCACUGUUUGACUGUGGACUGUUUGAAAAUAUACUGACAAAUAUUCAUUCAGGAAAAUGGAAGCAACAGAGAGAAGCAGAAAUGCAGUCAGGCAGAGCUUUGCAAAUAAGGAACAGAAGAAAAAAUACAAGAACUUCUAGAAAACAGAAAAAGACUGGAUCACAAGAUAGAGCUACUGCAGGACUUAAAAGAAAUCCUUCCUACCCCAGAGAGCACAGCCAGUACAUCUAGUAUGCUGUCUGAAUAACGCUCAAGUCUGUCUGUAAUCGUGUCAAUAUUUAGGAUUUUCUAAUGAUAGAAACCCUAGAGCCCAUCUGGUUCAUGUCUAAGUUCCCGCUCCCAAGACAGGGACAUAAACAAGAACUGGGUCACAUAUUCAUUUUUAUACCUCAAUGGUGCAAUAAUUUUAAGUUCUUAAAAUUUUCAAAUCUUCGUCUUCAAACCUUACUGUGUAGUACUUCAGUGUUACACACUAAAUUUAGCUUUUUUAAACCCUCCAGUGAAGACUUUUUGCUCCAAGACAAGGGAACAUCAGAUGCAACAGAACACUUGUUAAAGUCACUUUAACUGUGGAGCCCUCUCCUGACUGUGCCAUCGCUGCUUCACUGUCUGUGUCUAGACAGUGAUGUUUUCAGAAUCAUAUUGGUGCUUUGGCUUUCCAAAGAAGAUAAACGAGCAGAACUUGCACUUAAGGAAGCCUUUUGAAUGUUGAACAGGACUUAAAUUAAAAAACCCAAGUUAUUCUUGUUUGACUGGUCAAUGUGUAACUAGUUCUGCUGUAAUGGCAGUGGCAAUACAGUGUUUACAGGCAGACCAAAAACAGUUGGGCAUUAUCCUCGGAAUAUGUACAAUGUCAAAGGGAUCAAACAGUGGUCUGCGUCUUCCUUUCUCCAGUACGAAAGGAUCCAACUUCCCUGUGUUUUGCCUUUAAAAAGUUGUUUGAAUACAGAAAAGCAUUGUUUAGCUACAAAAGGUGAAGUUCACAAAAUAAAACAUUUUUUAAAAAAG